AUGUCAAUGUCCUAUGAUCCUAACAAACUUACUUGGAACGAAACACAUACAAUCAAUGAGGAGCAUCAAUACUGUUACUGCGGUGAAGACAGAAACUUAACUGAGGUUUCAGUGCAAUGUUGUCAAUGUCUGAAUUGGUUCCAUGCAAAGUGUAUAAAGGCUUCUAUUGAUAAGACUAUUCCGAUUUUCACCAAUUAUCGUUUUAUUUGUAAAUUUUGUAAUGAACUCGAGGGCGAAAAUUUCAAGAGAAGUCAAGCAGGAUGGAAAGAAAUUGGCGGAUGUGCAAUUGCAAAUCUUAUGCUCCAGCAACACAUGGCAGACCAUCAAGCCUUGAAGGGGGAUAGUAGAUAUCUAUCAAAAAAUUACAAGAAACUACCACCAUUUAAUUAUUAUUUCAAUAAAAAUGAUCAUUUACGGCCAUUUGUAGACAAAAAUUGGUCAUCUUUAUGUACAGAACGAUCAAGAACUGCGACUUGGUGGGCGACGCUUGGAUCUUGUUUGUAUUCGACCAAAGAUCUUUUUGUUGCUAAGGACGAGCAUUGUAGAUCGGCUAGUUCAAAUUUCUGCCUUGUCGAUCCAAAUUUAUGGAAUAUUAGACCUGGACACUUUGGGACAUCGCACUCUCGAAAUCAAUCUAGAUUACACAAAGAAUCCACAAAAAACAAUACUCGUACUGUAAAUGAAUCAGAAACACAGGAUGAUUCAUCUCAAUCUAUCGUACAUGCCUCCUCCUCGAAACGUCAGAUAACGCCACUUCCAUCUACCGAACAAGGCAUGACACCUCCUGCUCCGCCUAUGCAGUCAAACCCAAAGAACACCGUGAUUGCCUUGAUCGAAGCAAAUUCCUCUAACACAGAAUUUGGACAGUCUGGUGAACAAAAUAAUCUUAGGCACGGCUUCAAAUAUUUACCAUGUCAAAGUGACGUGUUUUUUCCGUAUAUGCAAUAUCGGAAUUCUGAAUUACCUCCCUAUGGAGUGCGUCUAUCCAAAGAAGAUGCGAGUCUUUCAGUAUGGAUUAGUGGUGACCAAUUGACUACAACUACAGAAUAUGGAUUCUCUAUGGCCAGAGCUAAUUGCCCUGUGAAGGAAGGAAAUUGGUUCUAUGAAGUUUUCAUAGAUCGUGGCGGGGAAGGUAAAAUUGAUGGUAAAGAUGGAGCACACGUUAGAGUCGGUUGGGCGCGCCGUGAAGGCAAUAGGAAUUCUUCUGUUGGUUCUGAUGCUUAUAGUUAUGGAUUUAGAGAUCUCACUGGACAUAAAGUACAUCAGUCACGACUUUCUCGAUAUGGAGAACCUUUCAAGACAGGUGAUGUCAUAGGUCUUUAUAUAAGUUUGCCACCUUUAAACAAGGGCGUCCCAGAUUACAAACCAAAGUGCCCAAAAAGACAUAGGAUUCCAAUAUUAUUCAAAGGGGAUACCAUAUUCGAAUACAAAGAUUUCAAGCCAACGAACAAGAUGAAUGAUCUACUUGAGUUGCCAGAAAAGAAAAAAACUAAAAAUUUUUGGUGGCAACAAAAGCAAGAAGAAGCAAAAAACUCAUCUACACAACCUCCGCCAAUAAUUCCAAAAUUGCCCGGCUCCAAGAUCAUUGUUUACAAAAACGGUGUAUGUCAAGGAGUAGCUUUUGAGGAUUUGUAUUCAUUUUUCCCUAUGGUUGAUGAGCGCACUAACGAAGAAAAUCUAACCGAGGAUGACGGAUCGCUUGGUUAUUAUCCGGCUGUUUCUAUGUUUCGAGGCGGUACAUGUACAUUAAACUUCGGGCCAUAUUUUCGAUAUCCACCACAACCCGAUCCGGAGGCCGAGCGGUAUAUGGAAUACAUCGCCGAGGAUGUAUUAUAUGACAUUAUCGAUGAAAUAGAACUCUGGGAUUGGAUGAUAUCAAAAAAGAAGAGACCGCGACCUGCAACAGAUGUAUCAGACAGUGAGAUUAUAAAGAAAAUAAAACUCGAUGAUACGGACGAAGGAACACCUAACAUACAAUAA